AUAAAAGUUAUAAUUCAUCUGUUUAUUUGAAAACUGUAUCAUUUUACAGAUGUGUAUGUAUUAAAGUCAGGUGUGCUAAAGAAAGGAUUUUUCCCCUCCAGAUGAGAUGUUUUUAUGAUUUCAAGACAGUUUUUUUUUGCCACAAAGUGAUUCACAGACUGUGACCAUAGCUGGGUUGUUGUUGUUGGUUUUUUUUCUUAUCAGAGACUAAAACGCAUGAAUGUUUUUUUUUCUUGAGUACCAUUCUUAAGGAUGAGUUUUGUUGCCGUGGUAUCCAGAACAUAGACUGGUAUACAUGUGUGUUCAUCGAAGCAGCUGUUUUAUCUAUCUAGUCUCUUAGAAGUAGAAAAUUAUGAGGUAUACCAGUCUGUUCACUUGCUUGAGGCUAUAGUUAAACACAGUUUUCAUGCUAAUGAUUAUUUUCGAGCUGGAGAAAUAGAAAAUAAUUUACUGGGUUUUAAGAAACUUUAUGACCAGGAAAUAAUCACAUCAUUGCCAUAUUAACAAUAACUGUCGUAAGUUUACAAAUCUAUUACAUCAAAUUGGAAAAUUUGCAGGUAUUGAAAUGUGAAAUGCUACUGGGAAAAAAAAGCUGAAUGAUACAAUUUUGUGAAUAAACGGCGGAAUAAAUAUCAUUUUAAAUUUUUUUUAUUGAAAUUCUAUAUUAACAAUAAAUGGAUAAAGUGGCUAGACAUUAUUGAAAUUUUCACAUUUCAAAGUGGAUGAAAAGGAGGUUAUAUCAAUUGGGAGUCUUUAUAAGGAUCUUCCUUUAUUUGAUUGACCUGCGUUAACCUAUCUGAUUUCAACAACGGAAAAAAUUAAUGAAAAAGAGAAAAUUGUUACCUGUGAGAAAUUCUGCAAACCAAAAUAUAAAGACAACUUGAAACUCAUUGAUUUUGAGGUGCAAUUUUAGUAGGUUUAGGGUUUUUUUGUGGUGAUGUUUUUUUUAUCCUCGUUACUUUUUCUCGACAAAUUGUUUGUGUUGCCUGUGAAAUAGCAUUGCAUGAGAUGGCAGGAUACUUAGAGGAUUAAUAAUAUACAGUAACAGAACUAAAACAGCUGAUUUAUCAGGCAUUACCGCAGGUAGAGUUGCUCAUUUGCAUAUAUUACCCAGCAGCCUUUUAGUUUGUUCAGAUUCACUAGGAGGGUUUUUUUUUACUACAUUCUGAAAAGUUGCCUUUCUGAAGAUUUUGAAAAAAAAAGUUUAUACUGUGAUUUUGCUAUAUGUAACAAAAUUGAAGGAAAAAAAAGGAAAGAAAUUCUGGAUACAUGUGUUCUUUAGAUUAAACCAGAUUUAUUAUGGAAAUCGUUUAUUUGAGAUGUAAGUAGAAAUUAUCAAAAGGAAAAAAAAAACUUAAAAGGAGUAAUUUUAUAUUGUUUAAUUUAUUCAAGUAACAUUUUUGUUUUGAAUGAAGUGAAUGAAAAGGAUGUUGAAUUCAUAUCAUACGAUGGGUAGAUUGCCUAAAAAAUGGAAUGUAUAAACCACAGAACUAGUUUGGAUGCUACUUGCCAAAAUUUAAAACUCUGGAUUUUCUUGCUCUUAAAUUACAAUGGAUUUUAUGAUACUAAAGGUAAAUGGCCGCGAUUUAUCUCAGGCAUCCCAUGAGGAGGCCGUAGAAGCAUUCCGUACUGCAGAAGAACCGAUAGUGGUCGAAGUUCUCCGUCGUGUCAAUAAAAAUAAAAUGAAAACACGGUCAACACCAGCCAUGGUUUCAAUAGGGACACAGACAGAGGAGGAUAUCUAUGGAUAUAACCGACCCCCUACCCCUCCACCAGCUUUCUACCCAUUUCCAUAUAGCGGGUUAUUAGAACCAUCGUCACGUAGACCAUUAAUGUUUUCACAAAGUACAGACAAUAUGGGUCUCACCGAUAUAGAGAUGACACAGUUCGACUAUGAUGACCCGUAUUAUGAUGAACGUCAGUACGAAGUAGAAUAUGAGGAGGUCGUCCUUCAAAGACCGUCAGAUGACGAGAAAUUGGGACUUACACUAUGCUAUGGACCAACUGAAGAUGGUGUCACAGAUAUAUUUAUUGGAGAGAUUGAUCCAUACAGUGUAGCUGCCAAAGAUGGUCGUAUUAGAGAGGGAGAUCAAAUUAUACAGAUCAAUGGCGUUGAUGUACAUAGUCGCGACCAGGCUAUAAAGUUGUUUUCAGAGAGGAGCGCAGAUAUCUCACUUCUUCUGGCACGCCCACAAAUGCAGUUUGAUGAUGGGUUUAUGGAUGAACACAAUGUCGUACUUGAUGAACUUCAAAUGGAUGUUCUAGAGAAACAUCACCAUGACAACAUGCAGAUAAUGGCAUCCAUGUUAGCCAGGGGUCACCAUUUUGAUGAGGAAGGGGGUACUACUGAUACAGGAACUACUGAAAAUUCAUCAAAUAAACAUGAGAAAGACAGUGGUGUUGGUCGCACAGAUGAGAGCACCAAAAAUGAUGAAAGCUCUGAACAGGACGUGUUUGAUAAUGAGAGUAUGUUAGGAACACGUAAAUCUGGGUCAUCAAAAGGCUCGCAUAGUUACAAUGGAGAUUUAGGAGAUCAAAACUACAGUAACGACAGUUUUGUUUCCAAUGGUGACGUUUCAUAUGAAAUGCCAGACAAUGAAUGUAACGGUAAAUUUCGUGAAGUGCUAGAACAUCGCUGUGAUAUUAAUAAUUUAAAUCGUACAAGUUCACCACGCAAGGACAAUUCUCGGAAAAGUUCAGAAAGUACUGAGAGUAGCAGUAUAGACAGAGAACUAGCUCAGUUAAAUCGUGAAAUGGAAGGAAUUCAGAUGGAGUGUCAGGAAAUGGUGCAUAAUCAUGCGCAAAUUAAAAGUCAGAAAGAUUCGGUGAAGUGCGAACGUGAUGCUUACAAAACACCACGAAGUGUGCCACGAAUGGGCACCAGGAUGGAUAAAGCUAAAACGGGAGUGAGUCCUGGUCCUGAGUCAUCUGAUAGUCUAGGACGGAGAGAUACUCCUCCCACUCCUAAAAUGGGUCAAACCAGAUUCGGAAAAUAUACUGAUAAAGACGGGAACGUGUCAACUAGUGCCUAUAACACUGGAGAAAGUUGUAGAAGUACGCCAUUGACUCUUGAAUUGAACAUGGCAUCUGAUGAAGGUGAUAAAGGUUUUAAAAAUUCAAUGUUGUGUUUAGCAACGACUGGAACGACCACAACAUCUCCCUUACCGUCACAUAGCGACACAGAGAAACAGACGCAAACUCCAGCUCCUAGGUCACAUGACUGUUCUAGUGAUGAAAAUUAUAUGACAAUAGCCAAUGCAAAUAAUAGGAAAAAUGUAGACAUUGAUAAAAAGACAGAGAAUGGAAAAAGUCAGAUGAAUUCAGGUGAAUCAUUGCAAGACUUAUACAUGCAAUAUGCUGAUGUAAUGUACACUAAUCAUGCCAAUCUAGAACAUACAAUGCAGAUACAACAGAAAUUAUUUCAACAGCAGAUGGAACAAAAAACAUUACAUCGCAGACGACAGGAAAGUUCGCAUUCUUCUAGAAAUGGUGGAAGUGUAAGCGGGUACCAGUCACCAAAUAAUUCUCAGCAAUCUGUGAAACAAGCUGAGCAGACCCCACCAGAUAGUGGUUCGGGUCAGAUGGAGUGGGUUGUAAAGCGUAGACCGGAUGGCACUCGCUACAUCACUAGAAGGCCAGUUCGAAGCAAAAUGCUGAAAGAACGAGCAAAAAAGAUAUCUGAGGAGCGAUGUGGAAUGACAACAGAUGAUGAUGCAAUGAGUGAACUUAAAACAGGACGUUACUGGACUAAAGAGGAGAAAAAGCGUCAUUUAGAAAAAGCGCGGGACUAUAAGAAAAGGCGUGAAAUGAUGGCGCGGGCUAAAAUGGAAACUGUAAAAGAAGCUGAUGAAAAGAAAGACAUUGUUGAACUUAGUCAUAGAAAAAUGAUGAAACAUAAGGGAAAGAAAGUUUUCGAUGACUUUACCACUGUGCAAGAAAUGUUAGCACAUGGUAGCAAAAAUACAGACGGAAAGGCGUAUAAUCCUUUACUUUCUGUAACCACUGUGUGAUGUGACAUAGUUAAUUUAGUAAUCUAUUUUUAGCAUUAUGCAGUAAUGUGAUUUGGGACACAAUGUGCUAUUAUUGUGGAAAGGAAUAUUCUUUCAUGUAUAUCAGACAAAACCAGUUUCGAUAUAAUUUUUUUUUUUUUACAGAAAAUCCAGAAUGUAAGAAAAAUUAAAACUGUAGUUUGGAGAUAAACACUGUUAUGUGAUAAAUUGUGAAGUUUGAUAAACACUGUAUAGUAUGUGACCACUUUUUAAUUUCAGGUGCUAGUGAAAGAGAACAGAUCAUUUUUAAUCUGUUUUUAAGAAUUCCUAUCAAUCUGAUACAGGAAAUAUUUACGUAAAAUGUCUAUUGAAUUCAUAUUGAAUUAUGAAUGGAGAAUUAUAAAAGGUCAAUGUAUUAAAAGUAAGCUUUAAGUAGCUAAAUGACAUGAAUGAUUUCCCUCAUUUAGAGUGCAUGCAAUGCUACAAGUAUAGGCUUCUCACUUGGCUUAAACAAAAAUGUCACUGAAAAAAAUCUAGAUUCUCUGUUUGCAUGUAUGUUGGUAAACUUUUUGUCAAAAAUACUUUUGGCUCGCCUACCUAUAUUACCAAAAAUGUUUAACCAUCAUUGUAAAAGUGGGUUUUUUAUUUAUGGAUAAAAUGCCUGUCUUAAAAUUGACCAAAAUCAAGGCUGGGUUUCACAGAGCAUGUAUUAGAAAUAUGAGAUAAGAUGUUUUUGUAACGUUAGCAAUGUGCAAGAAUACUUCGGCCAUUUAAUUAGUUACAAAUUUAAUUAUUUUUUUAUCACAGGAGCUGCUAAAGUACAAUGUAGCUGUUGUUUGAAAAGAAUAUGAAAAAGUUUCUGUUUUGUUUAUCUGGUAACAUGUAGUUUAUUCACAAAAUGGUGCAAUAUUUGACUAUGUAAUUAUUCGUAUAUAUAUGGCAUAUUGCUUUGUUGUUUUGUUUUUUUUUGAAAAUUUGUAAAUUUGACAUAAUAUUUAUGUCUGUAACAAUAUUAUUGCUGUUGACAUAAAUCUUAGAUCUGAAACAUACUGUCACUGAACAAUUUAAAACAUGUAUACAAUAAAACGAUUUAUUUCUUUCUUUUUAUAUUCUGUUACCCAUUUUUAUACGUUUUGUUAAUUUCUAGUCUUUGAAAACAGAUAAUAUUUAAAAUAGACCAUAGUUCUGACUGUUCAUUCUAAAAUUAAAAAAGAUAUUUUAAAGAUUUUCGUUUCAGUUUAUUUGUUAAGCUUUACAUAAGCUAUAGUUGUGCAUUUAAAAAAAUCCCAUUUCCUGCAAUUCAUUUGUACUUUGGGUAGAAACACUGUAUUGAAAAUGUUGUAUAUAAUGCUUUGAGAAAAAAUUACUGGCUGCUGAAAUUUUGGCAAUUUUGUGAACCUACCAAGAUAAACUGAAGUUUAUUGUUAGCAAAAAACAUUAACCUCCUGGAACAGAAAAUGGCUAGCCUUUACCACUUUGUAUAGAGUCAGUUUAGCCUUAACUUCUUAGAUUCAAUACAAAAAUAUUUUAUAUCAGGCAAUAUCAAAAUCCCUUAAAAUUUGAAUGGACUGUUCCAAGUUUAAAGCAGGGUGAAUCCAUUACAAAAAAUAAGCAGGUUGACAGUCUGUAUACUGGUAGUAAUAUUACAACAACCUGCAUAACAUUACACUGCAGUCUGACCAAACUCCAAUCUGUUAUUUGCUUGAUAUAAAUAUUUUGCUAUUUAUAAAAAUUCUUUAUACUUUACAGUUAUUAGUUCCAUAAACAGAUCUGAGCAUUUAAAAUUUGGCUAUGGGUUUGAUAUUAUCUUAAAUACAUUUAAUUUGCAUCAUUUUCAUGAUUUCAGGAGUCGGUGAUACUUUCUCAAAGUGUAAAUUAUGAUAAAUGUGAAAAAUGUUACAUAUAUACUUAGUAUUCAAGUUAUAUGUAAUAGAUAGAUAACUUGUAUUUACAUAUAUUUCUGUAUAAUGCAAGGCUAUGUAUGCUUAAAUGUGAUUUGGUCUAUACUCCUAUGUUUAAAAGUUCUUGAGACAUUUUGAUGCCUUAUUAGUAACAUCAAAAUGUGAAUACUGUACUGUCAUUUAAACACAGAUUUCAAGACUCUUUGAUUACUGAUUUUGUAUUUUAAGGUUUAUUUUACAAGCUUACAGUACCAAGUUGAGUGUCAAAAAAGUGUUAUAUGAAUAAUUCCUGAAAUGUUUACAAAUAGUUUACUGUAAAAUGUUGGUUGAUUUUAAUUAAAGGUUGAAAAUGAAUUAUAUAUGUAAUAAUAAAAACAACACAUUUUUGAACAUAAACAAUACAUACAAUAGUGUACAAUCAUAGUUUUUAGUUAACAUUUAGAUAUGAUAAAAAAAAUAAGAGAAACUUUGUCCAUCUAUUCAAGCAUUGGAAAAAAUGAUAUUCACUUCAAAAUGAAAAAAAUAAGGAUUUCAAUUUUGCAAUUUAAGAAAAAUAAUUAGGAAAUAAAUAAGAAAUACAUUUACAUUACACUUUGUAAUGCUAGAUGGAUUAUAUUAUGCCUGUAUCUUCAAUAUAACAGUUAGCUAGGUCAUUUACAUAUCCCUACACAUUACUACAUAUAUGUUUUAAAGUGUUGGCUACUAAAGUUUUUGUUGUUUUCUGGUUAUCCCUUAAUUAAUAUACCAUUUGGUAGUCCCAACUUCAGAGCAGAAAACAUGUAAAUAAUUGAUUUUAGAAAAAGUGUCUAAAAACUGGAAAAUAAUCUUGAAAAAGAAAUUGCCUGUAUAAUGUAUAUAUGAAUUUUGGUUUAAGUGUACAUUUAAUUCAAUGUUUCAGUCUAAAGCUGGUGUAUAUUGAAAUAACACAUUGUAAUCAUGUAUGUAAUUGUAUAUUAUUGAUAUAUAUUUAUUCACAAACAUGUUGACUCUCUUGUGAGAAUGAAUGGAUUUAAUGAAAAAAAUAAAUUAUUGUUUUAUAUUCAA